CUUCCAACUGGUCACACUGGCUAACAAUGGUGACGACACAACAAAUUCGUUUUAAAACUUUCUUGCGGCGGUAAAAAUGCGCAUGCACGCUGUUAGCGCAACGUACGCACUUGUAAUUGGAACAAAUGUUUCCUGAAUCACAUCCGCCCACUCAAUGUAAGCGCCAACGUUUCUUCCACCGCCGCCGCCGUCGUCGUCGCCGCCGGACUAUUUUGUUUACAAUUUUGCUUACACAAGUGCAGUCGUCGAUAGCCUUUAAUUUCGGAGUGACAACUCUUUGGCUGUCUAUCGUUUUUGCAUACGCGGCCUGGCGCCCACAAGAAACCAAAACAGAAACCGAAUUCCAAAUCCGGAAACCAGUGAAAGUACGGUGAAUACCGGGCAAGAUGUUAGCUCAUUCCGCCCAUGUGAUGACGCUGGCCAACAGCAUCAUAGGCGUCGGCAUCCUGGCUAUGCCCUUCUGUUUCCAGAAGUGCGGCAUCGUGCUGUCCAUCUUGCUCCUUGUGCUUAGCAAUGGAAUCACUCGGGUCUGCUGUCACUAUCUAAUCAAAACCUCGCUGCUGACACGUAGGAAGAGCUUCGAGAUGCUGGGUCUCCAUGCUUUUGGCGCUUCCGGAAAGUUGCUGGUGGAGCUGUGCAUCAUUGGGUACCUGAUUGGAACUUGCAUCACGUACUUCGUAGUCGUGGGCGAUCUGGGGCCACAGAUAAUCGCUAAGAUUUUUGCCCUGAACGUGGCGGAUCACCUGCAUCUGCGCAGCUUGGUCAUGAUCGUAGUGACAGUGGUUUGCAUAGUGCCGCUUGGCAUGCUUCGAAAUGUGGACAGUUUGUCGGCCGUGUGCACCGCCUCUAUAGGUUUCUAUGUCUGCCUCAUUCUCAAGAUUGUGCUGGAGGCCCAGCCGCACAUAACGGCCAACGACUGGACGGAGAAGGUACUCUACUGGGAGCCGGCGGGCGUGCUCCAGUGCCUGCCCAUCUUCAGCAUGGCGCUUUCAUGCCAAAUGCAGCUUUUUGAGGUCUUCGAAAGCAUCAACAACCAGAGCCUUGACAAGUUGAAUGGAAUUGUGCGCAACGCCACUUGGAUCUGUACGUUUGUUUACAUAUCCGUUGGUUUUUUCGGCUAUGUAGCCUUCUGUACGCACACCUUUUCGGGAAAUAUUCUGGUUAAUUUGUCGACCUCAUUUGGCAGCGAUGUUAUCAAAAUUGGCUUUGUGCUCUCUAUUGCUUUUAGCUUUCCGUUGGUUAUCUUUCCGUGCAGGGCCAGUCUCUAUUCGCUGCUUUACAGAAAGGGUCACUCGGAAAGCAGUAGUUACAUACCUGAACAGCGGUUCCGAUUCAUCACUAUCUUUAUUGUUGUCUUUUCGCUAUGCGUGGCAUUGGUUAUUCCCUCCGUCGAGCUGAUCAUUGGAUUGGUGGGCUCCACAAUUGGCGUUGCCAUUUGCAUUAUGUUUCCGGCAUCCAGUUUUCGUAAGAUCAUCAGAAAGGAAUCAAUGGAGCGCACACUGGCCCAGUUUGUUUUUGUGAGUGGAUUUCUGUUGAUGAUUCUAGGCACUUAUGCCAAUCUGAGUGCGAUCGAUGAGAAGAGCUCGGGUCCGGAAUUCGAUAUGGUUCCGAUCGUCACUCCUUUGUAUCCCGAGGGCCAAGUACCAGCCGUUGUUGGCGAACUACCCAAACACUUGGCCAAGGAUCCGGCUGAAAAUGAAAAGAAUUUAUUGCUGAAAAAGCUUGAGGUACAGAAUCCAGAAUUAGUCAAGGAACCUGUAGAGGAGAAGAUAAUCGACAAGCCAAAGGUAGUGCAAACUGCCUCCUCCGAUAGCCCACCUUUACCCCCACUGCCAAUCGACGAAGUUCAUGUGGUUCCCUUAGAGAGUAACAAGGCUGCAAGUGAUCCUAAAAAAACCCUUAAAGCAGCGGCAGAAAUAGACCCACCAGAAGUUAAGCCCAUCGAUGAUAAUCUUACCGUUGAGAAGCCCAAGGAGAACCCACCAGCUGUCAUUGCAGUACCAUCAGAAUCUCCAAAAAUAGAUUCUAGUCUGUUAUCAGCAAGCAACACGAUUGACGGAGCCGCCAUCAAAAAAGAAGAGGAAGUGGCAGCCGAAGAGCAAAAGGAGAGUAAGGCUAGUGCGGAUGAACUACUAAAGACUCAAAAAGAGCUGAAGGAGACAAAAAAACUCCUGGAGAAAACCGUAGGCGAGUUAAACGAAGAGCUGGCCAAAAAGAGUCCACUCAACCAGCAACCAUCGGAGUUGGAAAAAAAGGAACCAGUGGAAUCGGUAGUUAAUGAUGCUGAAGAGCCGAAAAAAGCUGAAAAUAUGCUCAAGGAGCCGCAACCUGUUGCUGGGGAUAAGGAAGAGCGCAGGCCCAAGGCUUCGUUAAUGGACAUACUCACGGAAAAUACUCACUUGCGUGAUGAAAAAGAAGCCCAUGCCGGCGUGUUCGAACCACUGUCCUACAAAACCGGUGAGCUGCUAAAGAACUCCAGCGUAGACAGAGAAGCUCUGGUCAAACGAUUGCCUAUCCCACUGGCUCUAAUGAUAAACGCUACUCUGCCAAAGGCAACAAAUGACUCAGAGGUUAAGAAACCAAACCUCGAAGACAAUGUGGAGGCCAUCCGAAGAGAGCUACUUAAUUUGCGAACUUCUGGAGAUGCGACAGAGCAACCACUGGCGAGGAUUAAACGUGAAGCCUCCAACGAGGAGAACUGCCUCCGCCAGCCAAAGCUGGAUGAAGUUAACAACAAUGUGGCCGCAGCUGCCUUAAGCUUGAAUAUGGAAAGUAUUGGACGCGAUCUCAAAUCCAUCAAAGAUGACGAUGUCGAGAUAACCACUGAAAACGAAUCCUACCAAGCGAGUCCGAAUGGAACCCAAACUCCGCUGCUUACGUAGUGUGGAUAGUCUACAAGUUAUGCAAAGCUUUAUGUACAUAAACUUUACACGUAUUUAUUUAGUUUAUAAGAGAAUGUAGACUAGGAGUGUAUACAAAAUAUAUACCGUUUAUAUGACUUGGGA